GCUCUGACGUAAACAAAACGCGACUCUGGUAGGUUUGUGUCGACAGCUGAGCUAACAGCUGUACCGUAUGUGUUUUGUUUUUGUUUUGUAUGCGGUUUCAUCAAGUUGUAUUCGGAGCUCUCCGCAGCUUGUUUCUCCCAGAACACCCAGAUUAACUCAAUUACAAUAUUUUACUGGCCUUCUUGAAAUUAAGUUUAUAUUUUGAAAAUGGCCUUUCUAUUUGUGACUGACUAUGAUCACUUUUAAAACCUACCAUUUUAAGUAAUGGCUGUAUUAUAUUGUCUAAAAAUUAUGUUAAAAUGUGCCUACUUUUCGUGUAAUUUGAAAUAGACUUAAUCAGAAUAUGGAGUAAAUUUAGUUAAGUUUAAACUUGUGAAUGGGUAACGGUGAGUCAGAAUUGGCCCUCCAGUCAGUUCUGGUCCAGGACAGCUCUGCCCAAUGACUGAGUACUACGAGGAGGGAGGGCUGCUAUAUGAGCAAUCACCUCCCAUGCACAUCAAAGUGGAGUCUCCGGAGGGACCCCUUGGAGGGGGAGCCUCAGAAAACGGCUUCCCCCGGGAGGAUGAUGACUCGGACGGCAGCUGUGACCAGAGCACUGGUUUACCUGGGGGACUCCCCUUUAAUGUAGUCGUGGUGCAUCCAAACAUCAUGGCUCCUGGAAUGUCCUCAGAUGAUCUUCUCUCAAUCGAGCAAAACAGAGCUAUGUCAGCUGCACUUGCAGCUGGGGGUGCUGGGAAAAGAAAGAGCCGGUUUAGUGGUGCAGAGCUGGAGGUCCUGGUGUCUGAAGUCACUCGCUGUGAAGGGGAGCUGUUUGGUCCCGCUGGAAGACUUAGACGACGGGAAAGAGAGCGCAUCUGGGCUGGCAUAUUGGACAGAGUAAAUGCAGUGUCCAGAGUCCCCCGAACCCUUAGAGAGGUGAAAAAACGAUGGGAUGACUUAAAGAGACGCAAUGGAGGCAGACUGGCUGAUGCCCGCCAUCGCAGUUGUUACCUUCCAUCCAGUAGAGGGAGCUCUCUUCUUAGCCGAUCUCAGCCAAGCCCCAGGCUUCAACCAACCAGGCAAAAACCACGCCUGAAAGCAACUUUUCCAUGCUUUCCUGACUCUGAUACAGGUGUAGGGGUGGAAACCUCAGAAAGAGAUGCUCUAGAGAAAGAGGAGGACACUGCUGAGCGGGAUAAAGAUGUAACAGAAAAUGAAUGUGAGCCUGUGGAGAAUAGUAUGGAUGACAAACUGGGGUUAGGACUGGGUCUGGGUAUUGGACCACCUCCUCCAUCUGAAAGGUGGCUGCCUCCUUCCCCACUGUACAGUGCUCCUUUCCUCAAUGGCAGUCCACAGCCCGGAAGCCCCCAACCAUCGCUAGGUACACAGCAGGGUCCUCUGGAAGCCCCACCACGCAGCUCCUGGCUAGAAGAUGAGCUCAGAGGAUUAGGGGAAGCAGCUAUUCAGUUGGGUAACCAUGUAGAAAAAAGUUUAAGAGAAUUUGGUGAAGGUUUCAGGGAGGACAUGAAAACACUUGUUGCUUCUCAAGAGGCUCUGGCUCUGAGUCUGCAACAGAAUAAUGUCCUCCUGCAAAGGCUGCUGGGAGUUCUGGAGGCUCAGCAGCCACCACCACAGCAACAGCAACAGCGUUUACAACAAUCACAGCCAAUAUCAAAGCAGCACUUACAGACUCCAUUACAGCAGCUUGAACCACAACAGAUGAUUGAGACGCCUCAGCAAUCACAAGCCCAGCAUAAUCAAACUCAAAAGCAGCAACCUCAACUCUCAUCUCAUUCACCAGUGGCAGUAACAGCUACUGAGUUGCAUGGCACCUUUUCAUCGGAUUCGCUCACAGAAGAAGACAGGAGUGGACACAAGCCACGGCGAGGAAAAGCAUCCGAUCACAGACGCAAAAAACGUCGAUGAGCAGGAACAGAAACUGAACUACUGUCCUGAAAAAUGUGAAAAAACAAGUACCCACUCUUUUAUAAAUAUUUGAGUGAAACUAAA